AUGAGGAGAGAUCGAACAUUUGUCGGCACCGAAUGUGCCGUAUGCGAAGAACCGCUCGAACACAUUCUUCGAGGGGAGAAGAUUUUGCAGUUGACUUGCGCACACGUUGCCCAUGAAGCUUGCUUGUAUGAAUACAUUCGGGAAAUCGACUCGCAGUCUUGCCCGAGUUGUGAUGCACCACUUGGAUUGGACACAAGCAGAGGUGGAAAUGUGCUUGAUAUAGAGAAGCUGAGCAAUAUCGUGCGAUCGGUAUCGCAAAGCGGCCCUCCUGAGCAAGCCCAGACGACUCCGGAUCCGGUCUGUCCCUGGGACUCGGUCUCAUCUCGCUCGCGAGAGCGGCCUCCGAGCGUUGAAUCUGGGGCUCGUCCACUGCCACGUGAUAGCAGAGACAAUGUGAGCCGGGAAUCGAGGGAACGUGUUGAGCGAUUCCAUGGUGGACCGCGCUACUCGAACCAUACCAGACAUGAUAGUGGCAAUACAGGCAUCGCAUCGACGAGUGAUUAUGCAGAGACACAUUCCGGCACCAUUCCCAGACGACACGACUAUGAUGUUCAGUCAAUGGAAUCUGCGGUGACCCACCGUGCUAACCCCGUCAAGCACCCUAUCCCGCCUCCCAUCGUCACAGUCAGAAGCGAGUUUCCUACCAUUUCUAGAUCGCGAGAACAACAAAGCUUGACAUGCUUGGUCACUGUCGAGGUGCCUGAAGGAAAAUGGCGGCCGGAAUCGGAAGAGCCACGAGCUUCCGUGGCCGCGUCGUCCCUCCACCCAUCUGAAGGUUACGAGCCGUCCAGAUCCUCUGCACUGAGCCGGCAAAGCGAUCCUCUCAGCCGUCAGAGCGACCUCAUCAGUCGGAAAAGCGAUCUCAUGUACGGGCCCCCCGAAGCUCUCGAUGAUGUUGCCGAAGAUCUACGGAUUCGCGUGGACAACUGGCAUGGACUUGACUUCCAGAGGUUUGGCAAACUCCGCCGUUACGCCACCAUUCGAGUCGGAAAGGACGGUCAUUCAUGGCAAGAAUUGGAAUGCUACCUGUUCUCAGAAAUGCUUAUUUGCAUCAAGGAGAAGAAGGCGAAUCCGAGGCGUGACUGGGAUGAGCAAGCUUCGGUGCGAAAAGCCCCACGGUGCACGCUCAAAGGGUCAAUCUUAAUUCGAAAGCACCUGAAGCAGGUUGAUGCUUCUACAGACGAACGAAUCUUGACGCUCAGCCUUUCUGUACCAGAACUCCCAUCUUUUCAUCUCCAAUUCCAAAAUCAAGUUCAACUCGAACAGUGGAAGCGAGCACUUAUCGAUCUGAAUUCGUUCGAGAUCCCAAUUCGAGCUCCAGAGCUUGAACUUGACAAUUCUGGAACCGAUGAAGAUGACUAUAGAACACUAGACACGACAAACCGGGUUUCCUCGGUCAACUCUUCCUAUGGCGCAGCUCGGACCAACAAUACAUCCUUGACCGAGUACACAUACCCAGCAGCGAACGGCCUCGAUAACCUUCCAGCAUCCAUUCACAUACCGGUCGACCUGGUGGUUGUUAUCCCUUUGACCUCCUCUAUGCAAGGGCUCAAAAUCAACGUCUUGCGCGACGCUCUCAAUUUCCUCGUGCAAAGUCUCGGCGAUCGUGACAGAAUGGGCUUGGUUUCCUUUGGAUCCAAUGGUGGUGGCGUGCCGCUCGUCGGCAUGACCACAAAAUCAUGGAGCGGGUGGUCCAAGGUUCUCAAGUCGAUUCGAGCCGUUGGCCAGAAAAGUCUCCGUGGUGAUGUUGUGGAGGGUGCAAAUGCUGCAAUGGACCUUCUGAUGCAACGUCGCUAUAGCAAUCCCAUUGCAUCAAUACUUUUGAUUAGUGACUCGUCGACAACUGACUCAGAGGGCGUGGAUUUUGUUGUUUCUAGAGCCGAGGCCGCAAAGGUUGGCAUUCAUACAUUCGGCCUUGGUAUGACUCAUAAACCAGAUACAAUGAUUGAGCUCUCUUCCCGCACCAAAGCAUCCUACUCUUACGUCAAGGACUGGAUGAUGCUGCGGGAGUGCGUCGCUGGCUGUCUUGGAUCCCUGCAGACAACAUCCCAUCAAAACGUGCGAUUGAAGCUCAAGUUGCCGGAGGGUUCUCCUGCGAAGUUCGUCAAGAUCAGCGGCGCGCUUCAUGUCACAAAACGGGCGACUGGCAGAGAUGCUGAAGUUGCUCUGGGUGACCUUCGAUUUGGAGAUAAGAGAGAUGUUCUUGUGCAACUCGUGAUUCCCCCCGACAGCGCCACUCAAGAGCAGUACCCGCAGGAUCCUUGGGAAUCUAUCGUGUCUGGUCUUGAAGCUCUUGGUGGACCUCUGGACCAUGAUGAUCAGCGCACAUUGAGCGUAGAGGAAGUACCCCUUAUUCAAGCAGAUAUGACAUAUGGAGAUAUCGUCCGCGAGGGCACUUUGGCACACUUAUCGCGGCCAUCGCUUCUAGCAAUCACGAUGCUUCCAGCUCCGGCAAAAUCGAGGCCUUCGAAUAGGCCUCUCACACCCCCUAUUCCUCCGCAUCCGUCCGUGGUUCAGCGCCGCAUGGAACUACUCACUUCUGAUAUGCUCACCCGUGCCCUGAUUCUUGUGUCUAAGGGACAAAAUGAUCGCGCACAACAUCUUCUCACUGAGACGCGCACUAUCCUCAAAGGCCUCGGAAAAGGUGGCCUGCCUCCUCUCCCCCCGCCGGCCCAAAAGGCAUCCACAAGCAGCCUCAAAGGUGGCUCGGCUAAUGACGAUGCCGCUUCCACAAUCACCGGAACAGGGCCGGAGCGUCUUCACCCGCCAUCGCCCAUUCCAGAGAGUGCCUUCAUCCCAGGGGCGGGCAUAGACGGCAAGACGGUUGCCGCCCUGGAUUCAGAACUCAACGCCGCUCUCGAAUGGAUGGGACAUGCCGCCAUUUUCGGCCGCGACUCGAGGAAGUCUGUGCUUCAGAGCAUUGGAGUUAUUUCUUCUCAGCGUGGAUAUACCUUCCGUACGCCGUGCGAGUCACUAUGGGCUGGACGUAUUGCAGGCAUCAACCGCCUUGCCGCUAAGUCUCGACAGUGGCGCGAAGUCGGAGAUGAGUCUUUGAUGGAGGAGAUUUGA